GACCAGAGAGUGGGAAAUGGCGCUAAACGAGGAUGCCGCCUUCGACAAUUUGGGCGGAUCAGGACACACGGCCUCGACCAAGGAGCACCAGGAGACCGAGAAACUCCUCAACAUCUCCGCAACCAACCUGGGCAACGGCAUCAAAGACUCCAAGGCGUUCCCCGCCAGCCCCCCGAGCGGCAAGAAGGCGGAGAGCGAGCCGAAUGGCCACGGCGUGGCUAGCUUCUCCUCCGAGUCCAUGUCCAAGAUCGGAGUGCCCCCGGCCUCCCCAUCCCGGGUCAGCCUGGGCAGAGCAUCGUCCACCGUCACUACCAGCGGCCAGGACCAGUCGCCACCCAGAGACUACCUGCUGUUGGCUAUCGUCUCCUGCUUCUGCCCCAUCUGGCCCAUCAACAUCGUGGCGCUGGUCUACUCCAUCAUGUCCAGAAACAGUUUACAACAAGGUGACGUGGAUGGAGCCAGGCGAUUGGGACGUCUUGCCAGAUUACUGAGUAUUGUAGCAAUAGUCAUGGGUGCCCUCAUCAUAAUCACCUACUGUGUUGUCAACUUUGCAGUUACUGCAUAGAAAACCUGCCACACCUCAAGAAGGUUUUGGAUUAGUUCCUUUUGGGACACACCUAGAAGAAGUCUGGC